AUUCGCCCUUUUUUACAUCUUUCCACCAACCAAAAACGCUAGUUUUUCGCCUUUCACCUCUUUUCACUCUUUAAAUAUAGUACUAUACACACCGCCGAAACAUCACUCCGAUAUUCUCUCUUAUAAUUUCCGAUCUGAUAAAAAUCUAUGGCGCCACCAUCAUCUGUAGCAGCAGUAGCUAACGGAGACGCAGGAAAGGCCGCUGUAACUAGCCGUGUAUCAUCGGUGUACAGUGAAGUACAAAACAGCCGUCUCGAUCAUCCCCUUGCUUUACCUUGUGUUUUUCAAAAACCUUUUAAAGUUGUUGAAGGUCCUUCUAGCUCUGCUGCUGGAAAUCCAGAUGAGAUUGCAAAACUAUUUCCGUCACUAUUUGGACAACCUUCGGUAGUGUUGAAACCCAGUGAAUCAAAUGAUCCAAGCUCACCCUUGAAGAUAGGAGUGGUUUUGUCAGGAGGUCAAGCUCCAGGAGGACACAAUGUUAUCUCCGGGAUGUUUGAUUACUUGCAGGAACGCUGCAAAGGAAGUACCUUAUAUGGGUUCAAGGGUGGACCAGCUGGAAUCAUGAAGGGUAAAUAUGUGGUCCUAAUCCCCGAGUAUAUCUAUCCAUACAGAAAUCAGGGGGGAUUUGAUAUGAUUUGUAGUGGAAGGGACAAGAUUGAGACUCCAGAACAGUUCAAGCAAGCUGAAGAUACAGCAGCCAAGCUUGAUUUGGAUGGUCUGGUUGUUAUCGGUGGAGAUGAUUCAAACACAAAUGCUUGUCUUCUGGCUGAAUACUUUAGGAGUAAGAAUUUGAAGACUCGAGUUAUCGGAUGCCCAAAGACCAUUGAUGGAGACUUGAAAUGUAAAGAGGUUCCUACAAGCUUUGGGUUUGAUACGGCGUGCAAGGUGUAUUCUGAACAGAUUGGAAGUGUUAUGAUAGAUGCUCGUUCAACUGGAAAAUAUUAUCACUUUGUGCGGCUUAUGGGACGCGCUGCUUCUCACAUUACACUAGAGUGUGCUUUACAGACUCAUCCAAACAUUACGCUUAUUGGAGAGGAGGUUGCGUCGAAGAAGCUGACACUGAAACAGGUUACAAAUUACAUAUCAGAUGUAAUUUGUAAACGAGCAGACCUUGGUUAUAAUUACGGUGUGAUAUUGAUUCCUGAAGGACUGAUUGAUUUCAUUCCUGAGGUGCAACAGCUUAUCGCCGAGUUAAAUGAAAUUCUUGCCCAUGAAACUGUAGAUGAGAGCGGCCUUUGGAAACAGAAGCUUGUUCCCCAAUCUUUGCAGCUUUUUGAGUUGCUUCCUCCAGCAAUUCAGGAUCAAUUGUUACUUGAAAGAGAUCCUCAUGGAAAUGUCCAGGUUGCUAAAAUAGAAACAGAGAAGAUGCUGAUUCAAAUGGUUGAAAGUGAGUUAGAGCAGAGGAAACAAGUGGGUCAAUAUAUCCGCCAAUUUAAAGGCCAAUCCCACUUUUUUGGAUACGAAGGAAGAUGUGGUCUACCGUCGAACUUUGAUUCAUCUUACUGUUAUGCAUUGGGUUAUGGUGCUGGAGCUUUGCUUCAGAGUGGAAAGACUGGAUUAAUAUCAUCAGUUGGGAAUUUGGCUGCACCUGUUGCAGAAUGGACUGUUGGAGGAACUCCAUUGACAUCAUUAAUGGAUGUAGAGAGGAGACAUGGUAAAUUUAAGCCCGUGAUAAAGAAGGCAAUGGUUGAGCUUGAUGGUGCACCAUUCAAGAAAUUUGCAUCAAAGCGGGAGGAGUGGGCCAUUCAAAACAGAUAUAUUAGUCCCGGUCCCAUUCAGUUUACUGGACCAGUUGCUGACAUCUCUAACCAUACCUUGUUGUUGGAGCUUGGAGUUGAAGUCUAGGUACAUUGAUGAACUUUUAUUCUUAUUCCUACCGGUUAUUAUUAGUCAAAAGGCUGAACUGAAUCCAAGUGUUUUCGUGUGAAUCUGAACAUGUUUCAUAGAUAUUUUAGAACUAAAUAUCCAUUCUAUUUUUUGUCUACGUUUAAGAUUAUUUUACCCAAGAUGGUGGCUAUAUCCAUUCUAAUAAAAGAAAGUAUGCUUUCUGCUUUGUGUAUGCACA